AUGGUUGGUGGUAAUAAACUGAUAGCUGGCUUGUGUUUUUUGCUUAUUAUCAUAUACAAUUGUUCUGAUCAAGUUCUUGCAACUCGAGAAAGAAGACAAGCAAGUACUCGAGAGAGGGCUGUUCAAAGUGUGAGAGAAACCCAAGCCCGUGAAAAAUGGAAAUCUGCGAAAGAUAUUGCUAAAAAGCAUGCAGUGGGACUACAAUCGCAACUAUCACGUACAUUUUCACGCAAAACUUCAAAGAAGCCAGAGUUGAAAGGUUUUGGUUCUAAACAUUCAGAUUCUGCUAUUCCACCUGCUGGUAAAGGCAAGAAAAAGGAUAAAAACAAUCUCUCAAAAAUACUAAAUGAUAUUGAGCAAAACCCCGAUAAUCCAGAGGGGUUUAAUGUUGAGAUAGGAGAUAAAAAUGUGAAAAAGCAAGCACCAAGGGGCAAACAAUUACAUACUCAAAGUCAAAUUUUCAAGUAUGCAUAUGGUCAGAUUGAAAAAGAAAAGGCUUUAGCUGAACAAAACAAAAACUUAACCUUUUCUGGAGUAAUUUCAAUGGCUAGUGAUAUUGAGAUCAGGAAGAGACCUACUAUUGAAGUUGCUUUUAAAGAUUUAACCCUCACUUUGAAAGGGAAAAACAAACAUUUAUUGAGAUGUGUAACCGGUAAACUUUAUCCUGGUAGAGUUUCAGCUGUCAUGGGCCCAUCCGGGGCUGGCAAAACAACAUUUCUUUCUGCUUUAACUGGAAAAGCAACUGGAUGUCACACGACUGGGCAAGUUCAUGUAAAUGGUCAGGAAUCUUCUAUCAGGUCAUACAAGAAAAUCAUUGGGUUUGUGCCACAAGAUGAUAUUGUGCAUGGAAAUUUGACAGUGGAGGAGAAUUUAUGGUUCAGUGCUAGAUGCAGACUCCCUGCUGAUCUACCAAAAGAAGAAAAGGUGUUAGUGGUUGAAAGAGUCAUCGAGUCAUUAGGUCUACAGGCAAUACGAGAUUCUUUAGUCGGAACAGUGGAGAAACGAGGAAUCUCUGGAGGUCAAAGGAAAAGAGUAAACGUUGGAUUGGAAAUGGUCAUGGAACCUUCCCUUCUAAUUUUGGAUGAACCCACAUCUGGUUUGGAUAGCUCAUCUUCUCAAUUACUUCUAAGAGCACUUAGACGUGAAGCUCUUGAAGGUGUAAACAUAUGUAUGGUCCUUCACCAACCGAGUUACACCUUGUUCAAGAUGUUUGACGAUUUUAUACUACUUGCAAAAGGAGGUCUUACAGUGUAUCAUGGACCAGUGAACAAAGUGGAAGAGUAUUUCUCAAGCAUGGGAAUCAAUGUCCCUGACCGUGUCAACCCUCCAGAUUACUUCAUUGACAUUUUAGAAGGAAUAGUAAAAUUAAGCCCAAGCUUAGGAGUGACCUAUAAACAACUGCCUGUGAGAUGGAUGCUUCAUAAUGGGUACCCCGUGCCCAUGGAUAUGCUACAGAGUGUUGAAGGAAUGUCCGCCCCAAGUGGUGAAGGCUCAUCAAGUGGAGCAGCAACUGGUGGAGAAGAAGAAGCACCUUCUUUUGCUGGAGAACUUUGGCAGGAUGUAAAGUGCAAUGUUGAGAUGAAGAAGGAUAUCCUUCACAUUAACUUCUUAGCUUCACAUGAUCUGUCCAAUCGGGUUACACCAGGAGUGUUCAACCAAUACAAGUACUUUCUUGGAAGAGUGGGUAAGCAAAGACUAAGAGAAGCUAGAACACAGGCUGUGGAUUUCUUGAUUUUGCUACUAGCUGGCCUUUGCUUAGGUACACUUGCCAAAGUGAGUGAUGAAUCAUUUGGAGCAACUGGUUACACAUACACUGUGAUAGCAGUAUCACUCCUUUCUAAGAUUGCGGCUUUGAGAUCAUUCUCAUUGGAUAAGUUGCACUAUUGGCGGGAAAGCUCUUCAGGCAUGAGCAGUUUGGCUUACUUUCUAUCAAAGGAUACUGUUGACCAUUUUAGCACAGUUAUCAAGCCACUAGUUUACCUUUCUAUGUUCUAUUUCUUCAACAAUCCAAGAUCAUCAGUCAUAGAUAACUAUUUUGUUCUACUAUGUUUAGUCUAUUGUGUCACUGGCAUAGCUUAUGUGUUAGCAAUCUUCUUACAGCCAGGUCCAGCCCAACUGUGGUCAGCCUUACUUCCAGUGGUUUUGACUCUUGUAGCAACCUAUCAAAACGAAGAUGAUAGCAAAUAUGUUAAAUAUCUGUCAGAUUUGUGCUACACCAAGUGGGCUCUUGAAGCAUUUGUGAUAUCAAAUGCUAAAAGAUAUGCUGGAGUUUGGUUAAUAAGUCGAUGUGGUGCUCUUUAUUCUUCUGGGUAUGAUCUUAAACAUUGGUAUCAAUGCUUAGGCCUUCUUAUCGUGAUGGGAAUAAUUAGUCGCAUGCUGGCAUUUUUCUGCAUGAUAACCUUCCAAAAGAAAUAAUUUCAACAGUUCCAAUCCCUGUAUUUCAUCUUGGGCGAAUUAAAGAUGUUUUGUCCACAACAUUGAUUGGUGAUACAGCUUGUAAUCUGUGCCCGACAACUAUGUAAAGUAGUACAUCACAUGAAAAAGUUUGGUAGAGCUAGUUUGAUAAGUCUUAGGUGUGGAUAACUUUGCGUUGUUCUUGCUAUUGAGCAAGUUGUGCAUAAAGACUAAGCUUCAACAAUUUUGAGUUUAACAUUAUCAUUCAUGACUCCAUCACUCUGUUAGUGGUGACAUUAUCAAUUAAUUUGUAUAGGUUUUUAUUGUUCUAUCUUUCAAGUACAGUUUCCUGAAUGGUUGGUGGUAAUAAACUGAUAG